UCCACCGCCAGUUGCAACGCGACGCUCACCGCGGCGACAUGUCUCCCCUGUGGAUAGUGCUCACCCUACUCCCCGUCCUCGGUGGAGCGGAAAGAUUCAACUGCCGCGGGCGUAUCCUUGGCGCGUACUAUGCGGACGCGAAGUCCGGCUGCAAGGCGUUCCACGUGUGCGUGCGCGUGGCGGGCGGCGGGGUGCGCGACUUCCGCUUCUUCUGUCCUCCCGGCACGUUGUUCCAUCAGGAGGCGCAGACGUGCACCGACUGGGGCGACGAUGACCCCCUCGCUUGCCCCGACAUCUACGACGGUCAGUUCGAUCUCUACAAGAUCGGAUCCGGUUUUGACACUAAGAAACUGUCUCAAGGCAAUCGCGAAGAUGAGACCGAGUUUGGUCUGCAGCGUGCGGAGACCGGAGACCGGCGCCUGGCACAGCACACCGCCCCUGCCCCCGCAAGCCCCGCCGCCUCUAACGACCUCCGUGCCGCACACUCCUCGGACUUCUUCAGUGGUCAGCGAGAUCGCGGUCGUGAUGACCCCGUGCAGUCCGCCCCGCAAGCGCAGCAGCCAUCGGCGCAGGCCCCGCAGUCGCGGCAAUCUUUCCGUCGACCCACUACUUCACGCCCGACACCCCCUCCUACAUCGUACACCACAUAUCACCCAUCACCUUCCUCUUCACCUGUGCUCGCAACGUCAAAGGGAAACCGUUACGAGCAAUCGCUGAAACGUAAAGUAGCGCGAAAGCGCCCCAUCUACACGACCACACAAACGCCUGUGACAUUCCCUCCAAAUACGUUCUCUCCGCAAGUUUAUUCCGAACAACCGAAAAAUUAUAAUCGAAGAAUUCCAUCACAAAAUACUCAAAGUAUAGCUUCGACGCCGAAUGUUCCUCCACAAUACAAGGAUGAAUACGUUGAAGUGAGCAGAGUUACGCCGAAACCGAAUAGAUACUUCCCCAACAAUCCAACGCCGACACCUUUUACUUUGCCGACGACGGAACAAUCGAAAAAGAAUGGUUUCGGUGAAGUCUACAACUAUGAUACACAGUCGACGCCCGGAUUAAAACAGAACGAGAAUCGCCCAUUCAAACUAAGAAAUAGUUUUAGCGUAGUACCUGACGUACCAAACGAAAACGACUUCCUCAGAAACCAGCCUUUCAACGGCAACACUGAAAGAGGUACUCCUAAUUCUAUUGACUACAGCACUACUACUCGUAAUUAUAUUACUACUACGUCAACUUACAAAAACAUCAACAGUAUCGCGUACGAACCAGAGAAAAACAAUUAUAAUCAAUUCUCAAGCUCAAAGCAAAAUUACUACAAUAAUCCAACAACAACAUCUUCUCCUAUCACGACUGCAUACACAACGACAACACGAUAUGAGCCUCCGCAAAGUCUAAAUACUAUAGCAUAUAACACUAAUAAUGCCUUCAAUGCACAAACGUCAAACUUCGCGGACAGCGGAGAAGACGACGGUCAAUACCGACCUCCCGAGGGAGAAGACGACGGACAGUACAGGCCUGAGUUAUAUGAACGAGAGCUUCUUUCGGGUGCACACUCGAUUAACAUAGCCGCUAGCGGUAACAGGCUCUUCGAAGACCAAAAAGAGCAAAAUAAAUAUCAAAUUUCUCGAAAACCUAUCGCAAAAACGUCUCCACCGAGACCGUUCAGACCAGCCCCUACUCCAUCCGCGCCUACUGUAACGUCGCGCACCGCUGAAGUUACAUAUCCGACAACCACCAGACCUAUCUCUGAAAACACACAACGGACUUUCGACUACUACCAAACAUAUACUACAACUUCUAGACCUUUCGAAGCAUCGGGACGAGGCACUAACGCGGAGAACGUUCCCGUAAGAAUAACAAGUGCGUCACCCUCGAGGACUUACGAAAACACGAGAAAUCAAAAUAGACAGACGGAGCCUGUAUCUAUUCCAUCCACGCCUGUUCCCAAACCCAACCAUCACCCGCAUCAUUCAAAGCCUAUUAAUAAAGAGGACAAUAGCUACGAUUACGCAUAUUACGAUUCCGACCCUGGCUUCUCAGAAUACGACCACAUAGAAGAAUUUGGUAGAACUAAUACUAAAGCGUAAGUUACAGAUUGCCAUUAUUAUAGUUGCCUCAGUAAAUUUGUUUCUAGGUUAUAAUUUCGAAGCAUCGAUUUAUGCGAUAAAUGUUUUUAAUAAGUUUUUAGACGUUUUCUUAAGAAUUAAUACUCAAAUUACAUUCAAGCUUUUAUAAUACAAGUGUUGAAAUUAACUCUAACAUUAACAUAAUCACUGCGUGAGCACGUUUUGUAUGAAAUCGUUUAAGUAGUCACAAAUAUAGUGUAAGAUGAAAUAACACAAAGUACAAUUAAUUUGUAAAUACGCCUACAGUUUUAUUUAAAUUAAAUUAUGCUUCAUUCAGACUGAAAAGUUGCCAGUUCUAUUUAAAAUAUCUAUUGAGGCUUGCGUGUAUUAAAGUUACCCUAAAUUAUUUUUGUGAUAUUAUAUUUGAAUAUGUCUUUUCCAGAUAGUCUAAGUUAUAUUUUGUAAUGUUUGCAAGCCUUGAUACUGUAGUCGUGAAAUUAUUCUGUCCAAGUAUCUACCACACGAGAUAAGUAAGUUGUAACGACGUAUUGUAAAAUAAAUAAUUGUAAAUAAAAAAAUUAUAAAGACAA